GAAAUAAUUCUUUUUUUUCAGGGCAUCAGAUGUUCUUUGUGAUGUGUUAUGGCGCACGUGUUCAGAAAGACGAAGUUGGCUCGUCCAGGGGACAAACAUGCAAGGUGUGAGAGUCCGGAAGAACCUCCGACCCCUGAUAUUUCUCACUUGACCCCGGAAGAGAUUGAUAUUCUUCAGAAAGUCAUUCAACGACAGGAAGAGUUCGAGAAUGAAGAGGCGUCAUGUAUCUGGGCCAUCCGGCAGCAGUUGGAACAGUAUGAAGAUGCUGUACGGGCUCAAGGCAGCGGUAAAGGUCGCCUCAAGCACAUCGAUCUACGUCUCUGUCGAUUAUGCUUCAAAACAAAAUUCGCGGAUGGCAUCGGACGCUUGUGUCAUGACUGCCGGAAGAGAGUUUGUCAGCGCUGCGGGGGUUUUACUAAAGGCCGCUGGGAUCCCAAGAAAAAGAAGAUGGUGCGAGGUAGAUGGCGCUGCAAUAUGUGUGACAUGAAGCGGAGGUUCUUUUGUAAAACGGGUGUUUGGUAUCACGGACAACGAGCCCGACCUACGCUCAAUCGAGCACUCUUCAGUCAAAAAACGAGAAGUCUAGAGGCUGAUCUUACUGAGGAUGAGAGUCGAUGGCGCACUCUGUCCCCCGCCUCGUCUGACGCUAUUGUCACUGAUACCGACCUUCCACGGGGCCAUGUCUCUUCCUUCCAGGCGAUGAUGCAGACGAAGGGGCGCCGGAAAAGCAUGCCGAUCUUCCGGACGGAAAGUGUGGAUAUUUCGGACAAUGAUAGUGAUGAGGAUCCUUAUAAUCGGAGUUCUCGGCGCAGGCGCUCAAGGCGCCAGAGCAGGCGGCAUUGUCGUAAAAGUCGACACGCAUCCCCAGCUCGGGGAGUUCGGACGUCUCCCGGACAUUACGACGGGAAUGAUACGUAUGAGAAUAGUUAUCCCAAUGCGGGUGAAAUAGAAUUUAUAUCAUGUGAUCUUCCCAAUCAGGGGGAACUGUUCUACUACAUGUCGGGGGAUUCUGACAACGACAGCAUAGGGGAAAAUUCAGAACAUUUAAGUAACCGGAAACCGGACGGCCAGAGUCAUGAUUCUUCGGAACACCUUGUGAAUGUACUUUCUCCCGAUCACAUGGGUAGCGUUUCGUACGGUGGGCGACAUGACCCUCAGUUUUUAUACCCGGCAAACAAAAAUCCUGAGAGAAUUGUGAUGGAAAGUGCAUGCCGGGACAUUGAACGGAGAUUUUCUAACGAUCCAGAACAGCGAUAUGAUCUCGGGAACCACUACAACACGCCGCGUACGGAAAGACGCCGAAAGAAUCCGAUAGUUGACCCUAAAUAUCUGACCCCGGAAAAUCCGGAGCGAAACAGGAGUUAUUCCUCAGAUUCUAAUUCGUCUAUGAGAUCCUUUGUGUCAUCUAUCGCUGAUCAUGAUCACGCUGAAAUCCAUCAAAUUCCAUUCACUCAAGAUUAUCUCACGUCGUUGGAGCCACGAGAAAUUCUUCUGUAUCGUGACGUCAAAGAUCAAAGCAUCAGGUCUUCCGGUUUAGGCAUGCGUGUUAUGUUUGGUAAAAAAGGCUACGGCAGGAAACUGGGGGCGUUUGUUUCAAAGGUGGAGAAAAACGGACCGGCCGACUCCUACGGUAUCCGUAAAGGAGAUCAAAUUCUUCUCUGGAACGGUAAAUCUUUAAUGGGAACAACUCUCGAGGAAUCCAUGGAUGUCAUAGGUCAAAGUUCAGAUGUGGUUCAGUUGCUAGUGGUACAUCACACGACGAGUUUCAGUGACAACGAAGACACAAGUACGAACACGUGUGAAAAUCCAUUACCAUACAGCACAACGACUCGAGGGUCGGACGAUCGCUCAAACUGCGCCACGCCCCCUACGACAUUGAAUCUCACCCGAAAGAGGAGAAUGCUUCCAAAAACACCGGUUGAAAUCAAGAAGGAGGAUCGUAACGUGAGUGGCUGCGUGCGCAUGUUAGUGUCGCACGAGGAUUCCUGUUUGUCGGUCACUCUGGUCAGCGCGGAGAAUCUGGUGUCUGUUGAUCCUCUGACGUCACUAAACCCUGUCGUCAUGGUGCACAUUCUGCCCAAUCGUGGUGGUUUCCCCAUGCAUCAAACCCAGCUCCAGUACAACACGGCGAAUCCCAUCUUUAACGAGUCAUUUAACUUUCACGACAUCUACCAGCAAGAGCUUGUGAAGCUCUCCCUAGAGGUCACCCUUUGGACGGUAGUGGAUGACAACUUCUUGUUCCUGGGGGAGGUUCUUCUCGACUUUUGUGACCUUCAAAUGGACAAUCAGGUCCAUAGUUACGACCUUCAGGACCAUGACGAAAAUAGUUCCCCGCUUCCGGUGCGCAAGCGUAAAGAGUCUUCUGACGUGACCACUGCUAGUCCCCUCACGUCAAUCAAUGAUGGAUCAAGUUGGUCGACCAGCCCCGGUGUUCAGUCUUCUCCCAGGCGGGAACCCCUCCAUUGUGACGACAGAUAUCACGUGACCAGUGGAUUAGCUAAUGGUCGAGACAGGAGGUUCAAACUGAGUGUCACACAGUCGGUCCCUAACUCCCCCCAGUUAUCUCCCAUCAGUGCGUCAGAGGAGUCCAUGUAUCUCGGGGGAGAUGCCCGCGGUAGUAUAACGACAUUAGUCCGGAAGAGGGUGUCGAACGCCAUGUCGAAGGUGUCUGUCCUGUCGGGCGACAGUCGGCGACACAGCAUGUAUGACCGCCGGAAGGACAAACUGACCAAUCGGAGCUCCAGUGUCUCUGACGCAACUCUGGAAGCCUCGUGUCGUGCCUACGAUAAUCCGUCCCCCAUCAGCCGACGAUCAGCUGUUAGUACUAUGUCAGGUACAGAGGAGCUCGGAAAGCCGCCUCAGCCGCUGAACACGGGGGACACCGCAGGUCACUUCCGGGGAGACGAGGAAGAUAGCUGCGGCGAAAACGAGGCCAGUGGUGUUUGUACUACUGGUAGACUUGAUCCAGAUGGGAAUGAUGUGACGUCACUUCUGGGACCAGGACAAGUGCCCCCGAAACCCUCAAGCGAAACGUCUAUAUGUGGGACUAUUAGAUUGGCCUUCAUGGUGUCCAAAGGUCAGCUAGAACUGGACAUUAUUAACGUCACUGACCUCAACAGAAAUCAACAUAGUAGUCCACCAGAUACAUACGUGAAAGCCUAUUUGGUAGGCGGAUCAAAGGUUAUUCAAAAAAAGAAAACCCACACCGUGAAGGGUUCCUUUAGUCCUUUCUUCCGUCGGACAAUCAAGUACUCCGCUUGUAAUAUACAUGGCCGGGCAAUAAAGGUAAUUUUAUGGGCUCGGCACGGUGCGUUUGAUAAAAAACAGUCACUAGGAGAAGCUGUGGUUAAGCUAGAUGGCCUUGACCUGAUGCAUCAGUCCACCAACUGGUACAAACUGUUUCCGCCCGGCGCUACAGACUUUGGCUCAAACGAAUCUCUUCACUUCUGGUGAAUCGGAGGCUAGCUUCGAUCUUCUAAAUAAAUCGCCGCCUUCCAGAAAUAUAGUGUGAUACUCUGAUAGAGUGUUUGAAGGCAAAGGUUUAGGUCUCUUUUAAUACAGUUAGGAGAACUUAACUUUGUCACGAGUUUCUACUAAAUGGAGGAGAAGUGUGGUUUUCUGAAAACCUAAUACAACACUAUAUCGUCACAAAUAAGUUUUAUUGAGACUGGCUUUAUCGGUCAUUACCGCCCUUUUGUGGGACAUUCCUGAAAAAAAAGCGACUGCUGGUCCUUAUUCCGACUACUGGUGCUUAUUUCGUUUCAUGAGAUAUACAAACAUGCCUUGAAUUACCACGAGAUAUAUAUCCGUCAACAAAUCACGUGUCGCAUUCUCAUCGACCUAUAGCAUGGAAUAAAUGCCCUCGACCUAUAACAGGGAAUAAAUGCCCUCGACCUAUAGCACUCUUUAGAAAUAUGCCAGUGAUAGUGCAUAGUGACUUAAUUAAAAAGAACACUGCAUAUGUUGAUCAGAGAUUUGAUUAAUCAUCGCUAUAUCUGAACCCUAAAACCUUUUUUUGGGGGGGCACACUAUUUUGGUCAUCAUAUUUCAAGACUUUAGACUUUUAACACAGAGUACACGCCUUACACCUAUAGCUGGUACCUUUAUGCCUCUUUACAGUGCAAAGCCCCGAGCCUGCUGCACAGAUCGUUACCAGUAACAUACUUGAUGAUAGCUUCAGAACAUGUGCUGUACAGAUAUUGGUGGAAUCAAAAUUUAAUCUGCGAUUCAAUGGUGCCUUUUAAAUUGUCUGUAUGAUAUCAUUGUCUGAUAUUCUUUUUUCCCAUUCAUCUGAUUGGUGCUUUGGUUUAUACUGUGGUUUUUUACUUGACAAUACACGUGGCAAUUUUAAUUUCAAUGAAAUCAACAUGAGGACCUGCAUUUGUUAAAUACAAGAACAUGAAGUACUGAUGAUAUGCAUAAAACAGUAUUAGUUAACUGACUUGUUCAAUUUCUUUUAUUUUUAAUUGUUGCAUUUCUACUGUCAUUAAAUUGUUGUUUAACGAG